CCUCUCCCAGACCCGCAGAGUGAGUUGAGGAGCUGCAAUGGACUCUGCUGUCUGCCUGAUCCUUCUCUACCUCUCCGUUGUGAUGAUAAAUGGAGAUGGUUUCACUGUGUCCCAGCCUGAGCGCCUCGAGGGGCUGAUAGGGAAAUCGAUCGAUAUCCCCUGUUCAUUCACUUACCCAGAAACACACAAACCCAGAAAGAUAAACAUUUGCUGGAGAAGAAAUAAUUAUCACGGAGAAUUUAUAUUCAACCUCUCACGGAGAUACACUCACCCUCAUUACUUCGGCCGGAUUGAUUUCCUGGGAAGUCCAUAUCAGGAAAACACUGGAACCAUCCGGAUAAACCACCUGAAACAGCGUGACCAGAACAGGUAUUUCUGUCGUGUGGAGAUAACAGGAAAUUAUAACGAGCAGUGGCAAAGCAUCACUGGAACAUUCCUCACUGUACGAGGACAGGGACCCACACCCUCACCAGCCCAAUUAACCCCCUCAGUGACUGCAGCAACAUCAGUGCGCACUGUGGAAGAUGAAGACAAACUGGGCCAGAAUGUAAUCCUGAUCAUCCGGUCCGUUCUCGCUCUGGGAAUGCUGGCAAUUAUCUGGCUGAUCGGAAUUUAUCUGAUGAAGAGCAGAGAAGUUACGAUUCUCCCGAUCGAAGGUUCUGGGAACAGACCAAACGAGAGACGAGUGGAUCAAACUGAAGUCACCAGUCGGAAUCUGUGACUGAGGGCCAUAUAUCCUGAUGUGCUGUGCCCUGCAAUUCUACCGGAUCACACUUGAUCACACAAUGGAGCCACAUCCUCAACAAACCACACUUUUCUGAACUAAUUAUAACCUCCUUUUGAAGCAGACGCUGUUGAAGGCUUGCUUUAGUGCAGAAUUGAAACAAACUGGGUCAAAUUCCUGGAGCUCCCUCCCUAACAGCAGUGUGGGUGUACCUACACCCUACCGGCUUCAGCGGCACAAGAAAGCAUCUCACCACCAUCUUCUCAAGGGGCAAUUAGGGAUGGGCAAUAAAUGCUGGCCUAGUCAGCGAUGCCCACAUACUGUAAAAGAAUAGAAAUAACAGACCCUGUUCGCUGAGUAAAUAAAC